AGAGGCAUAGGACGGGGACCAGUCAGAGGUUUGGGACAGAAGGCUGACUUGUUUUCCUCGACCAACGUGCUGCUCGUCGGUCCUGUUAUCGCUCGUUAUCACUGGUACAUAACAAUACGUGCCCUCGUGCACCACCACAGUGCAGUUUAGUUCGCCAGCACCCAGGAGUGCAGACGAAAGGUGAACAUACAGAGGACAGAGGGCAGGUACAAAUCGAAGGCCAGGUGAAGACAGGUGUAGCCACCUUCGGUAAACUGCUAGGUGUGCUGACGGUUUGUGAAGCUUUCUACAAUGGCUGCGUCGGGUGAGCCCCACCAGCAAGUGCACAACACCUUGUCGCUCAAAUCCGGUCACAUAGCUGUGCACCCAGAGCCGAAACACCCCAUAAAAGAGCCCCAUCAGGCAAUAGAUGUACAUGUCGAGAAGCUGUCUUACCAAGUUCCCAGACAUCCCGCCACCUGGUGGCAACAUAAGCUGGGCAUCCACUCACUGCUUCCCACCAGGUGUGUGGACGGAUGCCGCGUGGUACUGGACAAUGUCACCUUUACUGUCCGCAGCGGCCAGAUGCUGGCCAUCCUGGGUAGUUCUGGAAGCGGAAAGACGUCACUGCUCGACGUGAUGGCAUGCCGGAACAAGACAGGGGAAGUAACCGGCGAAGUGUUGCUGAAUGGCGUCCCCCGCACAUCCGCCAUGCUCAACGCCUGCGCUGCCUACGUCCGGCAAGAUGACCGGCUGAUGGCCACGCUGACCGUCAGGGAGACGCUGAUGUUCGUCGCUCAGCUCAAACUGCCGAAAACAUUUAGCAAGGAGGAAACCAAAGCGAGGGUGGACAGCGUCAUCUCAGAGCUGGGGCUCGUGGAGGCGGCGGACACUCGGGUGGGCAGCGCAGAGGUCCGCGGUGUCUCAGGCGGUGAACGUCGACGUGUGAGCAUUGGGAUACAGAUGCUCAUCGACCCCAGUUUGCUGUUUCUGGAUGAACCCACAUCCGUUGAUUCCUUCACAGCCAGUCACCUGGUCACCACUUUGUCACACCUUGCUCGCAACAGACGGACAGUCCUCAUGUCCAUUCACCAGCCCAGGUCAAAUAUUUUUGAGCUGUUCGACCUGGUGAUGCUGCUGUCCGGAGGUCGCAUGGUGUACUUUGGCAAAGCCAGCAACAUGGUCUCCUACUUCACCCGCCUCAACUACCCGUGUCCGGAACUCACUAACCCCUGUGAUUACUACGUGGACCUCACAACAAUAGACCCGACCUCUGACGAAACCGAGCGAACCUCCAAAGAUGUUGUGAGGCAUUUUCAGCAAGCCUUCCAUCUAGACGACCCCAGCGAGGUGGCGGUAAACAGCGGAAAUGACGUCAGCUCCUCUUCCCUCAAGAUCAAGGCCAGCAUAGCUCAAGCCCACGACGUGGAGGCCGCCAUGUCUCAGGACCAUUUCCCUGGACUUCAACGGCAGUUUAGUGUCUUAUUCAGGCGGUGGAUGUUAUCGGAAAUCGAAGACUACCCUCUCCUGGCCAUUCGUUGUGCGCAAGCUCUCGCCAUGUCCGUCAUGCUCGGGGUGGUGUACUGGCAGAUGCACCCGGACCAAAAGACGAUUCGAGACCACUUUGGGCUGCUGUACAUGAUAUCCGUCAUGUACCCGUAUCUAAUCAUCAUAGACAUCAUCGAAUCAUGUUUCAAAGAGAGACGGCUUCUGUACUUCGAAAGCCAAGAUAAUCUGUACAGCAUUGAGGCCUAUUACUUUGCCAAGAUUGCCAGUGACUUGCCUUUUCACUCCUUGUAUGUCACACUUUACAUCCUGCCAGUCUAUCUCAUGGCCAACAUGCCUCUGGACCCAGCGGUCUUCUUCCAAGUAUUUGCCAUGGUUUACCUGUCGGUGCUGUGCAGUCGUGGCCUGGCCAUGAUGUCCGCUUCCCUGUUGCCAACUUUUCAGGCUUCGGCAUUUUUCGCCCAGACCUUCUUCUCCCUCUUCAUCAUGUCAGCUGGUUUCUUCAUCAACCUCGAGAAUAUCUUGUCAGAAUUCAAGUGGAUAUCGGUCAUUUCUUAUCUGCGAUGGGGCUUUCAAGGGCUGUGCAUGGCGGAGAUUCGACCUUUGAACUUUACCUGCGAGGGCGAGGCCAUGCCUGGCACCUGCGUGCACGACGGUGGCACUGCCCUCGAGAUGUACUCCUUUGGGGAUGGCAGCACGUGGCAGGCACUGACGGCGCUGGGUGCUAGUCUCGUGGUCUUCCUGGGCAUAAAGUUUGUCGCCCUCAAGCUCGUCCCGCAGACACCCGAGGAACACAGUUAAUUAAGACAAUCAGCGACAAUCCCAGAAACGUUGUUACGCUGCCUUCACACGAUGCGACAUGUCGAAUGCAGCAGGUAGUUGAGAACUUGACUGACAAGAAGUGCCUUCACACUUUUGCCAACUGAAAUUUUAAUUUUUGUUGUUAAAAUAUUAAAAUUUGUUAAUGGUGUUAGACCAGCUCCUAAUUUUCUUCUUUACUUGGAUAUUUCAAUGAGUGUGCCGCCUGCUUUAGACAGGGACAAACGUGUGUGAACUCCAAAGUGUAACAAGAUAAACCUGUGUCACGUGAAAAUUAGAAGAGUGUGCAACCUGCAUUUUGAAAACUGAUAAGUAACAACUCAGUAGAAAGACUGGUGUAUGAGAAGAGUCGAAGAUUACCGAAUUGACAGAUAAUGAAAUAAAUGUCGGUCAAGGCGUCUCGCCAGGGGAGUAAGUGUGACUCGGAAAGAUAAAGCGAAUGUGAGUGAGUUUUGGUUUCUAGUCAACUUAUGAUAGGUUGCUACUGGAGUGCUGUCCACUGCGGCUUAACCAGGAUCUGAAAGUACUUUUCCUGGAAUUUAUCAGACGGACAUUUCAAGGUUUUUUUUUUUCUUGUGUGGUAAAUUAUAAAGGUGUAAGUAAUUUUGUUUUUAAUAAUUUCUUCUAUUUUGCGAUCGUAAGUACAAAAUAAUUAAGUAUGAUAAAGCCUGAUAAAAAUGUCUUGCAAUGUCGCUGACUGA